AUGUUGCGUUCGUCUAUUCGAACGAUGAGACACGCGUUGGCUUUUGCUUUUCUUAUCUUCAUAUUCGUUGUUAAUGGAGAAAUCUAUGACAAUAGCAUAUCUUUGUUCGCUGAUGAUACACCAAAAGAUACAAAUGUAACGUGUUUCUGUACCGGUGAGGAAAACUGCGAUGCAAACUCGCCAACCUGUCGGAUAAAUCAUCCAGACCAAGCUUGCUACGAAGUUUGGAGCAAGUAUCCCGGUGAAGAGACUAUUCACAUCACUGCUGGUUGUAUAUAUAACGACUUCUUAAUUACGCAAAUUUUGUGUCACAAUAAUCAAAGUGAUCGGUAUAUUAUAUGUUGUAAUGAUAAAGAUAGAUGCAAUGAUCGUGAUGCGUAUGCCAAUGAUGUGCGAAAACAAUUCGCGUUACUGAAUAAACAUAAAUCAAAUAAACUACCCUAUGCUGGUUUUCAUUCGUUUAAAACAACAAAUUCGUCGUCGGGUGAUAUAAAAACUAAUGAGUAUAUGUUCAAACAACGACUGAUGAAAUAUUUACAUCAUCAAUCAAAACCUUCAUCAUCGAUUAAUGAAGCACCUGAUAUAUUCGAGGAAGUCUCCGAAGGCUUAGACCGAUGUGGUCAUCCUCUUCUAGCACCGAUUCAUUUCGCCAAACAAAUUACUUUAGAUGAAAAGAUCGGUAUUGGCGGGUAUGGGUGUGUUUACCGUGGUAAAUGGCACGACGAAGUUAUUGCUGUGAAAAUCUUCUCAUCCACCGACGAACCAUCAUGGGUCCGAGAAGUGUAUAUUUAUGAAACACUUGGCUUGAACCAUGAAAAUAUUCUUCGAUAUAUCGCGGCAGACAAUAUUGAUAUUUCGAAUCGUAUUGAACGUUGGAUAGCAACGGAAUAUCAUGAAAAUGGUUCUGUAUACGAUUACCUGACAGAUCAUACGAUUACUGUGCCGACUAUGAUUAAAAUGAUGUUUAGUAUUGCAAGUGGAUUGUGUCAUUUACAUCGACCGAUCGACGCCGCGAGAGGAAAAGUUGCACUUGCUCAUCGCGAUCUCAAAACUAAAAAUAUCUUGGUCAAAAAAGAUCUAACCUGUUGCAUAGCUGAUUUAGGUCUUGCUGUAAAAGAGAAACGUCCAAAUCGUAAUACAGAGGAAAAACCGACAGUAAUUGACAUUGUCGCAAAUCAUCGUGCAGGAACUAUCCGUUAUAUGUCGCCGGAAAUUCUUAACAAAACAUUAAAUGAUCAAAGUUUCGAGUCGUACAAAGCUGCGGAUAUCUAUGCGUUAGGUUUAGUCUUCUGGGAAAUCUUACGAAGAUGUCAAACAACAGCAGAUGUCAACGAUGCUGAUCCCUAUCAACUCCCAUAUGAAAAUAUUCUACCGAAUAAUCCUUCCUUUGAACAAAUGCAUGGAAUUGUGUAUAUAAAAAAGCUUCGUCCUCCGUCCUCAGCCCGAUGGACAAAUAAUUCGGUAAAUUCGACUAACUUUAUUCUCAAAUUAUGGUUAGAAGAUCCAGCGUGUCGGCCGAGUAGUUACCGAGUUCAAAAACAACUCCGCGAGCAAUAUCAAUCGAUAGAAAUCAAUUAUUUGAAUACUCGUAUAGAAUCUCAAAUCGAAGGUGCACAAACUGUUUAA